AUGGAGAAUAAGUCAUUUGACAAUGCGGGUCCAACACCCCAAGUCCAAGAGCUGCCGUCCUCUUUGACGACUGAUGAGUUGUCAGCGGUCCGGUCGCAUGGCGUUGGAUCCACCGAUGAAACAAGUGCUGCUCGCCAGUCAUCGACUCGGCGGCAGAAAUGUCGCUUUUUCAAAUCCAAAAAGGGAUGCCGAAUUGGAGCAGCAUGUCCGUAUCUACAUGAUGCAUCAGCCAUUGAGGCCAAGGAGCCUUCUUCGGGGCAGCAGACGCCAGCCCAAUCUUCCGGAAAUGAAAUUCAGAGUUCUGCACAAGCCAUUGUCACUGGAGUCGAGAAAUUGAACAUUGGCAAGGACCAAUCGAAGCAGAGCUCUGCCGCGGCUCCUGUCCAGCCCCAAAGACCAGUUUCCAAAUUAGAGCAAACAGACCCAAGAGAGUUUCAGAUCAACCAAUUGAGGCGGCGUUACCGUCCACAGGAAGUCAAUGAUUCCCAAGGUACUACUUUGACCUUUGGAUUGGUACCUUCUGAUCCGGACUUCCCCUUUGAGCUUGAAAGACUGCAGUGUACCCUUCAUGUCCCAAGCUCAUACCCAAAAGGGCGGCCCACGCUUGCAGUGACCAAUUCUGAAAUGGAAGCUGCUUAUCAAGCAAAUGUCGUCAGAGGGUUCAAUGAUAUUGUUGAUUUUACGUACCGCACCAAUGGCCGAGGAACUCUUUUGGGUUGGCUAAACAGUCUGGACAAAAAGCUCGAAUCAUUGCUAACCACUCUGGAGCGUGGGCCAACACUGAAGUUCUUUGCCAACCUUGGUGAUGGAUCUACAACUAAAGAACCCAUCAAGGCCCCGGAGAAGACUAUAAGCCAGCCGAGCUCAUCUCAAGGUCAUGUUAAAACGCCGAGUGCUGCUGCUAAGCCAGCACCACAAGCACGAAUCGUAACCCCUAAACACACAGCCGAAGCAAAAGCUGCAGCUGAGAAGAGACGAGCAACCGAGACAAAACAGCUCGAGGCGCGCCUUGGAAGACUGCCAAUGUACCAAAAACUGCAAGAUGGCAGGACAUAUGUUAUUCCCAUCCAGCCAACCAAAAAGGAUCGCCUGCCGCGAACACUUCAAGCACUCAAGACAGUGAAAUUGAUUGUGCCACAGCUCUACCCGCUCGAGCACAGCUCAAUCAAGUUGCAGGGAGUCGAAGGCCCCGAAGUGAAAGCCACAGAGGUUGGAUUCACUCAGUGGGUAGAACAAACUUCGCAGCUGAGUCUGGUAUCUCAGGUGAACUACCUAGCGAGCAAUAUCCAUAAGUUUGCUGAAACGCCUUUACCAAAAGAGGAGGAACCCACCGAAGAUGUACCUCCAACUGUCGAAGAGGACGAGGAAGAAUUUGUUGAGGAGCCUACAAAGGCACCUGCAAGGUCCUUAACUCAAGAGAAUGAAGACAGGCCCCAUCUUGUUGUCAUUCCACGACCACCCGAAUGGUCGGUUCCUAAUCCCACCGACGGCGCCGAGGGGACAUCAGACGAGUCUAGUUACGAGGAAGAUGAGUAUUCAGAUGAAGAAGAAGACGAAGAAGGUGGUGCGCCCGUCCCCGCAUCAGUGGAUAACAACGCGCCCGGACGAGGCGUCGCACUUUCAUUCCCGUUCUUAGAGCUCUACGGAGUUGAGCUGCUGGAACUCACGAGCCUCAAUAUUACGAUCAAAUGUGAGAGGUGUAAGGUGGCGGUUGACGUUAAGAACGUGCCCCAAAUUACCGACGAGAAGGGCCAGAUGCCGAAAAUGGAAUCGUGCCGGAAAUGUGCUAAUAAUAUGAGUGUCGCGUUCCGGAGACAGUUGAUGCAUUCUCAUGCCAAUCGUGCUGGCUACCUUGACUUAGGUGGCUGUACGAUUGGAGACAUGCUUCUUAGUGACUUCAUCCCAACUUGCUCCGAGUGCUCGACUCCCCAUCCGGCACCGGGUAUACCUGCAGUUCGCGGCGAGAGCGCUAUGGGUAUAUGUCGCCAGUGUCAUCGCAAAAUGGUUUUUAAGAUCCCUGAGGUGAAGUUCCUUCUAGUGGGAAGUGCAGCAAUCACUUCUCGUGGAGCCCUCCCCCUCAAAAGAAAGCCUCAAGAAGUCCUCGGCAUUGUCGCAGGACAAGAGCUUCCGCGACGCGGUCGUUGCCAGCACUAUGCCAAGAGUCAACGCUGGUUCAGAUUCAGCUGCUGCUCAAAGGUCUUCCCUUGUGACAAAUGUCAUGACGCGGAAACCGACCACCCGAACGAACACGCAAAUCGUAUGAUAUGUGGCUACUGCUCCCGCGAGCAAAUCUACAGACCCGAGAACUGCGGUAUCUGCAAAGCGGUCCUGAUUGGAAAGGCAGGUAGUGGAUUCUGGGAGGGUGGAAAGGGAACGAGAAAUAAAACUUUGAUGAGUCGGAAAGAUCCAAGGAAAUUCAAGCGGGUUGGAGGUAAUCCUCCUACUUCGAGUUCAUCGAAGCGGAAGUAA